GUUCAAUGUCUCCUAGAUGCUCACUAUAGUUUGUGUCUACAUAGUAGGGACAUGACGUUCACAAUCGGAUUUAACUGUCUAGUGCCGGCGAUAGGGUCGUUCCGUUGACCCAGCAACCACAACACAACUUCAUCAAUCUAGCAAUACACGACUCCAUGAUCACAUCACGAUUCCUCUUGACGUCCCUCAACGACAACCAUGAAACGCGCAAGCUGUGAAGAGUUGUCGCCAGCCUCGAAACGCCAUUGUCGGCCAUCCGACCCGUCCGCACCAGAGACCAUUAAGCGCCCACAUCAUGCACCCCUCUCCACCCCACCCUCGCCAAUGCCAACGCAUUCGCAAUGCUCGCACGUACAAGACGCCCACCAGAAUGCCGUGUGUGCACCGUUACCAGAGCACUCGGCUGCGCGCUCUAUAAUAGAUUGGAUCUAUGACACGCCAUCGAUCUGUAAUCGCAGCGGAGACGGUGUUUCUUCCCCCGUAGACGACGCUCACGUAUCGGAGGAUAUCAUGUCGGAGAGCUCGAGACGGCGGGAGAAGAGACAAGCGCGAUCUUGCAGUCCGACUAAGAAGGGAUCGCAAUAUCGAAACACCGUGUUGAAGCCCGCCAACGUCCUCGUAGAUGUUAUUCACGAUCUCCCAUCUGAUAUUGAGGCGCUUCUCCCUGACGAUUUACGCGAUAUUCUUGAUCUUCGUCCGCCUGGAACAGAUAAAACGACGCAGGAUAACACAGAGUUUGGAGGUAGAGAAACAGAAUUGGCUGACAAGAUCUCUGAGCUCGUAGCCGUGUACCGAGACGAGUGCCGCAAGCUUGCGACGAAGCCAGGCUCUGAGCCCGAAUAUCGAACUCAUCUCUAUGGAGAUGUAAUAGAGAAGCUCGCCGAAAUACCCCUUUGGGAUCAAACCCUCAGCUCUAUCUGUAGCGAUAAGCUCUGGUGCACUCCACUUAAACCGCCUGCUCCAACACCGCUCAUGUCCUUACUAUGGCCGACUCUUCCAGCACAUACCGUACCUGCGAGACCCCAGGAAACGUCUGUCAACUUACCGACAGAAAUCUCGCCUGACUCAAAUGCUUUACGCUUACAGCCUGACGGUAGACCAUUUAACCUUGCUUUCUCGCGCCUACCUACUGGGCCGAGCGAGUCCUCCGCUUCUGCCAGCGAACUAGACGACAGCAUUACAACGCCGAAGCCGGAUAUAACCGUUGGUAUAUCUCGGGAGGCCUUCAGUCCACCGCAUGCAGGUCUUCUUGAAUACUGGCAAGCUGGCAAGGCUGUCUUCAGUGACCCACAUGCUACACAAGGCGACAUGCGAUUCCCCUUCUUUUUCAUCGAGGCCAAGGGGUUAGCGACGAACGGCAACCUCAUAGGGGCACAGAAUCAGGCCGCCGGAGGGGGAGCAUGUGCAAUUCGGCUGUUAGAUUCGCUGGCCAAACAGGAUCCUGGGACUGGUACGCCGCGAAUAAUAUUCAGCUCCACGACCGAGGGCGCCGUACACGAACUUUGGGUCCACUACUGGUUGGCAGACGACAAUGGAGUUGUAAAAUAUCACAUGACGUGCCUAGGAGCCUGGAGGACUACGCUCGAUCGCCAUGCUCGCGAAUACGUGACUGCUCUCGCGAUCAUCCUACGCUGGGGAGUGGACGUGUUCUAUCCACAGAUCAAGCAGGCAUUAGACAGAGUUUUAGAAGCAGCAAUAACAGCUACAUAGGCUUUAAAAUUUAACUCAUG